GGCGGCGGCGCGAGUGCGGUCAUGGCGAGCGCAACGACCAUCGGCAAAGACAGCGCCCAUGACCACGAAAGCGACAGCGGCCACGAUCGCGAGAACACGCCCGCGCCCUCGGAGGGCGGCGGCGGCGGCGGCGGCGGCGACGAGACCCAGCCGGGUCCGUUUUCGCUGAAGCGCAAGAAGGCGCACCCGUGCGACAAGUGCGACAAGUCCUUCCACUUCCCCGCGCGGCUCAUCGAGCACAAGAACCUCCACACCGGCAAGACGCCUUUCAAGUGCACGAUCGAAAACUGCGACGAGGCGUUCCCAACCAGCGACCAGCUCCGCACGCAUGCGCAGAGGCACCUGCUGCGAUUCCGGUGCGAGAUUUGCCACAAGCGAUUUCAGACCGAGUCCAUCCGGCGCACGCACAUGCUCACGCACAGCACCGUGCGUCCGUUCGCGUGCGAGGACCCGGAGUGCGACAAGAAGUUCAAGACGGCGAGGGCGCUGGAGAAGCACGCGGACGUUCACAGGCCCGAGGAGCCGCAAGUUUGCGACGUAGCCGGGUGCGACCGGUCGUUCAAGAGAAAGGACGGGCUGCAGCGGCACAAGCGCAACGAGCACGGGAUCCGGUUCAAGAAACGACGGAGCGCGCGGAAGGAGGACGGCCCGGGGUUCGAGGACGCGAACGUCGUAGCACAAUAGGAAGAAGCGCGAAAUUCGCGCGUAGACGUGUGCGAGAUACGAGACACGAGAUACC